AUGACGGGUCACUUUGAACAACUCAUCAAGGUGAUCAUGGCUCAGGAGUAUAGAGUGAAGAAGCCCAUUGAUGAGCAGAUGGAGAACAUGCAAUCAACAAUCAAUGAUAUCAUCAACGAGAUCAAAGAUAUCAAUCACAUCACCAACAUGGAGUACCCUCAGUCCAUCGAUCAUAUGAACAACAAUGAUGGAGAGACCACCGAAGAUACAUUGUAUUGGAUGCAGCUGCACUACCUCAAGGAUCACGUCUACUUAGUUGACUAUGAACGAGGCAUCUGGUCGUUCAACCUCAAUACCUUUGUCCAAAAAUAUGUCAUAGAUGGCGAGAUAAAAGGUUACCUUGGCAGUUGUAUCGAUGGCGACGACAACAUCUACAUCCUCUCCAAUCGCUCGUUCAAACGAUACUCCGUGUCUAACAAACAGGCGACCACAUUACAAUUGCUUCCAUAUCCAGACAUUAAAGACUUGGAUCAAUGCAGCCCAAUGAUCUUUGUGCCAUCAUUUGGAGUUGGGUACCUUGGCGGCUCUGGAAAGAACUUCAUCUACUCUGUGAGUGAUGGAACAUGGUCACUGAUCAAAGACAAUGACACCGCAAAGAAACGCGAGAACUAUGGAUCUUGCUGGAUUCCUGCCAAAUGA